AUGCUUUUGUUGUUGCAGGCAGACAUCUGGUCCCUGGGCAUAACAGCCAUCGAGCUCGCAAAAGGGGAGCCCCCUCAUUCCGAGCUGCAUCCCAUGAAGGUUUUAUUCCUCAUUCCAAAGAACAACCCCCCCACGCUGGAAGGAAACUACAGCAAACCCCUCAAGGAGUUUGUUGAAGCCUGUUUGAAUAAGGAGCCAAGCUUUAGACCCACCGCUAAGGAGUUACUGAAGCACAAGUUUAUAAUACGCAAUGCAAAGAAAACAUCCUACUUGACUGAGCUCAUCGACAGGUACAAGAGAUGGAAGGCCGAGCAGAGCCACGAAGACUCCGGCUCUGAAGACUCAGACACGGAAACGGAUACGGACAGCCAGGCCUCUGGAGGCAGCGACUCUGGGGACUGGAUCUUCACUAUCCGAGAGAAAGAUCCAAAGAGUCUUGAGAAUGGAGCUCUUCAGCCUUCAGACUUAGAAAGAAAUAAGAUGAAAGACAUCCCAAAGAGGCCUUUCUCUCAGUGUUUAUCUACAAUUAUUUCUCCUCUGUUUGCAGAGCUGAAGGAGAAGAGCCAGGCGUGCGGAGGUAACAUGGGCUCCAUAGAGGAGCUGCGAGGGGCCAUCUACCUGGCGGAAGAGGCCUGCCCGGGGAUCUCGGACACCAUGGUGGCCCAGCUCAUCCAGCGGCUGCAGAGAUACUCUCUAAGUGGUGGAGGAACUUCAACCCACUGAAAUUCCUUUGGCAUUUGGGGUUUUGUUUUUUUUUCUUCAUCCUCCUCCUCCUCCGAAAACGUCCACGAGAGCCUUUGCUGACCCCGCUGCCGCGGUGUGCCAUCCAGGGGCCCCCCCCGCCCCGCCCCCCCGGCCGCGGGUGCCCACCGGCCCCGGGUCGCGCGGCCCUCCCUCGCCGGCCUCUGCCCGACGGACACGCUCAGUGGGGUGGGGAGGGUCGGCUCCUGCAAGCGAUCAUUUUAUUUUCUUGUUCUUGUUUUUUAAUUUUAGCCGUUGUGCACAUAUCAAGGAAAGUGUCUUUAAAAACAAAAACAAACCCUGAAAUGUAUAUUUGGGAUCAUGACAAGGCAACUGAAGAAAUGAAAUCUCAGGUACCCUGCUUUAAGUGGGUGACUCCCCCCCCGCGGGAGACGGAGAAUCGCUCUGGUGGGUCAGUGUACAGAUUUGUAUAUAGUGUCAUUUUUACGGAAACCCUUUUGGCGUGCAUAAGGAAUCACUGUGUACAAAUUGGCCACGUGCUUCUGUAGAUAAUGUCAGUGGAGUAAAUAUUUGACAGGCCAUAACUUGAGUCUAUUGCCUUGCCUUUAUUACGUGUAAAUUUUGAAUUCUGUGAUCAGUGAUUUGGGUUUUAUUUUGUAUUUGCAGGGUUUGCCGUUAAUACUCCUUCAUGCCCCUCUUACGGAACACUCCUCUUUGUACCUCCGCAAAUGCCCGUCCCCCUCUUGUUUGCCCGGCGGCCCUUUGGGUACACGCACAGGUUGAUUUCCUUUCAUUUGAUGGUACUAUUUCUUAGUGUUUUGAAUUGGAACAUAUCUUGCCUCAUGAAGCUUUAAAUUAUUAUUUUAAGUUUCUCCCCGAUGAAGUGCUCUCGUCUUAACGUUUGUUUGGAAUCGUACCACUGCUGGCCCCACGCCCACCUCCCGUCCUUCCCAGUAGGACUUCUGUCGCGCUCAUAGUGAAACCCGCGUGUCAUCUUGCCCACCUAAAAAUGUCUGAAUGCUUACACGAAUAAAUUUUAUAACACACUUA